AUGUCGAGUGUCGCCUGCUCAUGGAGCCGGCUCUCCACAGAGCCUCUAGCUCUGCUGCUGCCCCCUAUCGCCCUUCUGUGCUCCAUUGUCCAUCCUGACUCGAGUUUGGAGCUUUUGACACGCAGCCGAGAUCUGGACAGCGCGAUAGUGGCAGUGCAGGAUAGAUUGACUAGGGUGAUUGCGAGUACCAUAUUUGCAAGAGACAAGGACCCGUACUCCGUACCUAUUGCAUCGAUCCAUGGCAGUUUCAUCAGAGGGGAAGCCUCCCCGGAGUUCCAGGCUUGGGCCUUACCAGUUACCCAUCAAGAAUUCGCGUCGAGUUCCAGCUUAUCUAUUGGAGAACCGCCCGACCCACCCCUGCAGUGCCACGAGGCCCCUACGGAGUUGAACCCUGAAUACUACCACGUUGCCCACAGUCGCCCGGAGUCGCCGCUGGCGGCCGACAAACCAUGGGACUCCAUACCACUCGCUCUGAAUGCUUUGAUCGACACGAACUGGGGAAUCACAGCAGAGUCCAAGGAAUCGGCGUUGGACCGGCGCGUGGCUUGCCAACGAACUGCUUUGAAUAGAUUACUUAGGGGCCAGGGUAUGGAUGGAUACGCAGCGGAUGAAUUAAGUUGGUCUUGUGGGGAAAAUAAGCGUUAUCGAAACAGUCAAAGCCGUCGCAUGAUGAUCGCGGUCCAACCAGAUUGUGAGAAACCCCAGACUGUUGGCAGCUAUUUUGUCCUGUUGGUUCGCAUUUUGCACAUCAUUCGACAGUAA